AUGGCCCCUUCUGCCAUCGCUCCACUGGAAGGCAGUUCUUCCUCGUCUCGUCCCAAGAUCCUGAUCCCAGAGAAAGUCUCUCCAGAUGGCCUCGCCCUGCUCUCCCCGCAUUUCGACAUCGAUCAGCCAAAGGGUCUCUCGGCGGAGGAGCUUCUGUCUAUAAUCCCGCAAUACCACGGUCUCAUAAUCCGUUCCGAGACCAAAGUUACCGCUACUGUCCUCGCAGCCGCCAAAAACCUCAAGGUUGUUGCACGUGCGGGAGUGGGAGUUGAUAAUGUGGAUGUUGAAGCAGCUACCACGCAUGGCAUUAUCGUCGUGAACAGCCCAAGCGGCAACAUAGUCGCAGCAGCAGAACACACAAUCGCUCUCCUCAUGGCCGUGGCACGCAAUGUUCCCGCCGGAGAUCGGAGUCUGCGUAACGGGGGCUGGGAAAGGAGUAAACUAGUCGGAACGGAAGUCGGCGGGAAGACACUGGGGAUAAUUGGACUGGGGAAGGUAGGAUUGAAAGUUGCGCGGAUGGGCGUUGGAUUGGGCAUGAAAGUCGUAGCCAUGGAUCCAUACGCCAGUCCUGAGAUCGCAGCUUCAGCCAACGUGACGCUUGUGUCUGAUCUUGCCACUCUCCUCCCCAAGGUGGAUUUCCUCACGAUCCACACACCACUCAUAGCAAGCACACUAGAUCUUAUCGGAAAACCCGAGCUCGAUACUAUGAAGAAGACGGCUAGGGUCCUCAAUGUUGCCCGCGGGGGUGUAUACAAUGAAGCCGCACUCCUCGAAGCCAUAAAUGCCGGUACAAUCGCCGGCGCGGGGCUCGAUGUCUUCACGUCCGAACCUCCAGCUCCAGGUUCCGCAGCAGAAGCUCUCUGUCGACACCAAAAAGUCGUGGCAACCCCACAUCUCGGAGCCUCGACUGUUGAAGCACAAGAAAAUGUAUCCAUGGAUGUCUGCGCUCAGGUCCUGAUCAUUCUCAAAGGAGGUCUUCCAACCAGCGCCGUGAACGCACCACUUAUCCUACCUGAAGAAUACAGAAAGUUGCAGCCAUUUGUCAAGCUGGUCGAGAAAAUGGGCAGCUUAUAUACCCAGCGUUACAGCGGAAAGGGCUCCAAAGGCGCUCUCGGUGGCAGGACAUUCGAUCUCGUAUAUGAGGGAGAGCUUGCUGGGAUCAGUAAUACCCGACCCUUAUUCGCUGCUCUAGUCAAAGGCCUUACCUCCUCCAUUUCUGAUAGUGGUGGCAGAGAUGUGAAUAUCGUCAACGCUAGGCUCAUUGCGAAGGAGAAGGGGAUUGUCGUCAAUGAGAUCCACAACCGUGGUGGUAGCCCUAGGGAUCUGGUCUAUGCCAGUCUAGUGACGCUAAGAGCCAGUGACUCUGGAGAGGGCAUUAUCAGUGGAUAUGUGAGUGGAAAUACAGUUUAUAUCUCGAGGCUGGAUAAAUUCAGUGCUAGUUUUAUCCCGGAAGGGACAUUACUUGUACUACACAAUUACGAUCGCCCUGGCAAGAUUGGCGGGGUUGGUGGCAUCUUAGGGAAGCAUGGCAUCAAUAUUCGGUUCAUGAACGUGGCGGCGUUGGAGAAAGUGGAGGAGGCACAAGCAACUGGGUCUGAUCAAGUGGAGGAAGAAAAAGAGGCUUUGAUGAUUUUGGGUAUUGAGGGCGAAGUUGGGAAGGAGGUUGAGGAUGAGUUGAGGGCUGCGAAAGGAAUUUUGAAUGUUAGCGUUGUGAAACUUUGA